UUGAAUGAGAAAUGAAAGCCUGGUGCAGUGAGUCUGAGAGGCAAUGGCCUGAAAGAAAGCAGGAAGAUAGGAGCGAGAGAAGGAAAUGCACAGGAGGGGGGUUAUGUGGAGCUGCUUCUGAUGCUGUUGGGACUUGAGAUUCACUUCACUGCAUGCUGCCCUAUUGACUGUGUAUGUUACCCAUCACCUAUGACUGUCAGCUGCCAAGCCCACAACUUUGCAUCAAUUCCAGAGGGGAUACCAGAAAACAGCGAGAGGAUUUUCCUCCAGAACAACCAGAUCACAUUGCUUCUGCGAGGUCACUUUAGUCCAUCCAUGGUCACCUUGUGGAUCUAUUCCAAUAACAUCACCUUCAUAGACCCAGACACCUUUGAUGAGUUUGUUAAUCUAGAAGAGCUGGAUUUGGGGGAUAAUCGCUAUUUAAGGGCUUUAGCAGCUGAGACUUUCCAAGGGCUGGUGAAGCUCCAUGCCUUGUACCUGUACAAAUGUGGGUUGAGCUCUUUACCCAGUGGGAUAUUUGGUGGCCUCCACAAUCUACAAUAUCUUUAUCUUCAAGAUAACCACAUAGAGUUCCUUCAGGAUGAUAUUUUUGUUGACCUGGUCAACCUCAGCCAUCUUUUUCUCCAUGGAAACAAGCUGUGGAGCCUUCAUCAGAACACAUUUAGGGGACUAAUAAACUUGGAUAGGUUACUCAUCCAUCAAAAUCAACUCCAAUGGGUCCACAGACGUGCUUUUCACGAUCUCCGAAGAUUGACCACCCUUUUCCUGUUCAAUAACAGCCUCUCUGAGCUCCAGGGGGAAUGCCUCGCCCACCUGGGAGCCCUGGAGUUUCUCAGGCUGAAUGGCAACCCUUGGAGCUGUGACUGCAAGUCCAGGUCACUCUGGGAUUGGUUGCGCAGAUUCAGAGGUUCAUGUUCCAGCGUGAUUUGCGAGUCUCCUGAGCAGAUGCAUGGCAAGGACUUAAAGGUGCUAAAAGCAGAGGACUACAGGAACUGUUCUGGGUCUGAGUCCCUCCAUCAGAUCAAAACACACACUUUCUCCACAGCAGACAGAGGAGCCUCCAAAGACCACCACUCACACCACUCCUCCAAGGAGAAGGGUAAAGAGAGAGGGGUCGAGCACAGUUUACACAGCAGUCAACCAGCAGCACCUCCCGGUUCACGUCCAGGUUACAGAAAGCCCAGCAAGAACUGCACCAGCCACAAAAGCCGCAACCGAACCUUUAAGCCAGUGUCUCUGGGGCCACAGAAAAGCAUUCAUGAGGCUCAGGACUAUGUGCCUGACUACCAGCACAAAUUCAGCUUCGGCAUGAUGCCAACUGCACCACCCAAGCGGAAGGGUAAGUGCACCCGGCGGACACCCAUCAGACCCCCCAGUGGAGUACAGCAGGCAGCUGGGAGCUCGGUGAUCAGGGCCUCUCAUCUAGUUUUUAUAAUGGUUUUAGUGGUCAUAAUACGCUGAGCUGGCUGUGACUGAUAGUAUCUGUACUGCCACCAAUCUACAAAGGACCAGAGUUUCUUUUCUUCUUCUUUUUUCGUACAUGGAGGAUUUGGCCUUGUGAAGGAAAGAAUGUUGUUUAGGCUUUUGAUGGUCUCCAUACAUGGACGAGUGGAUUAUAAACAUGAACUGUACAGAAUGCGCACAGCAGGAGUGGAUUAAAGGCAUUAUCACAUGCUUGUCACAAACAGCCCCAACCGAGCACCUACAGAAAAGCCUACAUAACGAACAAGGAGCUAAGCCUUCAUUAAUAACAACUGGACAAACAUGGACAGUAGCUGUGCUCUAUGUGAAACCCUGUUAAUUUGAGAGAGCUCUGAAAGACCCUGUGAUUACUGAAGGGAACAUAAUUGCUGUAAAAAUGAUCACCAAUUAAGCCUACACCAUCUGUCUGAAAAGGUGUGCAAAGACACUUAUGAAAUGUAUAAUAAGGACAUUGGUUCUCCCACAUUUUAGCCCUUUUGGCUCCAAAUCCCACAGGCCAAAGCUGGCCAGAAUUCUCUUAGAAGACAAUCUCAAAUCCCUGUAUAUCUCAGGCACAUAGCAAACAGGGCUUGCCUGCUAGGCUAGGAGUAGCCAACUACCAAAGGAAAGACUGAUUAGAGGUGGAUAUUAAAACUUAAAUGAAAUGAGAUUCUACAGAAGGUGUGUUUUUUGUAACUGUGUUCACAUAUAAAAUAAACAAAUGCACAGGUUCCCUUCCCAUCAAUUAUCCAUAUGUAUGUCUUAUAAUGUUUAUAAACUAUAUGGAAAUAUAUCUUCAGAUGUAAGGAUUGUAUUGUUGAAUUUAUAGCAGAAGAACAGUAUAUGAUUUUCUCUAGAACACAACUGGCAGCAGUGCCUAGAGAUGCCGGGCAGCCAUCCAUCAGACUCAGCGUGUGCCAGGGGAACCACAGUGGACCAAUGUUCUUAGCAAUUUAGAGCACUAGAUUUUGGGGGAUUUUUUGUAUGCAAUGUAACAAAGUCAAUAUCUGAAGAGCCAAAACUCACUCUUAUGACCUAAUUUCUAACCUGUCACAUGCCAGGAAGAAAGGCAUUAGAAGUGUUCAGACCAAACAUACACAGCUAUGGAGCUUUGUCUCCUAGAUAGCAUCAUGAGGCCAGGGCAGACGUCUCUAGCAAGAGUGAGAAGCAGUUCCCAACAGUGUUAGCCGUGUGAGGACCUUUAUAGCUGGUCUAAGGUUUUCACUCAAGUGGUGGAGUAGUGCAGAGACUCCAGAGAUAGUCCUGACAGCCUGGGAAGUGGUGCUCCUUAAAAAGGAAGAUCUCAUGGGAGACUCAGAAAGGGGCUGCAAACGAUUAACUGGGAAUCUGAUAAGCACCUGCAAGGAACAGAGUGCCCAGAACUUUCAUCCAUGAUAGAAAAAAUGUAUAAGGCAGCCGUACAAAGGGAGUUGUGGAAGAGAGGGGUAGAAGAAGCAGGUCUACUGCCCAUCUAACCUCUAUCCUGACCCACUGGCAGCAACCCUGAAGCUGGAGUGCCGAGGAAGGGGGUCAUGUAUUCUGCUCUGGAUCAGGCUGCUGUAUGGUGGAGAUGGUGGUGUUAUUGACCAGAGACGAUGUCUAGAUGUAACACAAACAGUACACAUUAAUUCCCUGUCAGAGUGGAUAUGCGAGAAGAAAAACACUGAAGUUAAUGAAAAGAGGGAAAUAAAAUUAUCUUGGACAAGCAAAGCCUGUUUUUCAUUUCCUAACAAAACUCCAGCUGCAGUGACAUGUCUGGCCUGUAGCUGAUGCUUGGAACCAGACAACAGUGCUAAGGAAACAGCUCUUUUUCUAGCAUGUAACCAACUGGUUGCGCAAGGAUGCGCUGACUCACGGAAACCUCAGGAAAAUUCCUGAUCUCCAAAUCAUUAGCCUACUAGGGAUAACUCAUGUUCCAUAUUUAUCGUUCUGGGGGCAUCUUACUGCAGGGUACCCUGUUAUGAUCAGCCUGCCCUCCACCUGAGAUGUUUGGUGCCAGUGCAGGGGGGGCAGGAAGGGGGCUAUUUAAACGUCAGCAGUGAGAACUUCCUAUUAAAUAUAGUAGGCCCCUGUUGGAUAGAGUUGUUCAUAGAAGUCCCUGGAACUGGAAAGAGAAACCCCUUAAUCAAAUUGUUCUGGGGGCAAAAAAUGUCUAUGUAGUUUCAAGGAUUCACCAUUCAGUCCUGAAGUGAGGCAUCUAGAGAUUUAAUAAGAAACAAGUGCAGAGUCUCCUGCUUGCCUCACAAACUUGAAGAGGCACAGGAGCUGGGAUGCCUUUCAAAGGGGGGGGGGGGGGCUUGAGCAGGUAUUUUUCAGAACAAAGUUCCUGGGUAAUGAUAGGAACAGUCCCAGAAAGAGGGAAGAAUGGAUUACUCAUCUAGUCCUCGCUGUUCCAGCUCCUAUCCUAACUUUUCUGUCUAGAUGGCUCUAAACCUCCACUAAAGGGAAGUCCAAUGCAGCCAAAACAAAUAAUCUGUGAUCUGAAAUGGCUCCCUCACGUCCUACACACUAUAACCAAUAGCAGCUGAAUGUGUCUGGCACUGUCCCUUAGAAGUCUCAGAAUGUUGUUAUGUUGGUUAUUUUGUUUCAUACUCUGGAAAUCAAAGCUCUCAGUGGGAGAAUGAAGAAGAGAAGCACUUUAUUAAUUUUUUUUAAGUCUCCAUGUAACUGCUAUAAUAUAGAAGAGAAAUGUCAGCACAGGAGAUGCUAAUGAUUUAUAAAUGAUUUGGGUGCAGCAGGCACCAAGGAUUCUGAGAUUAAUUAUAUUAGAACAGACUAUGCCUGGCCCCAAACCAUACUUGUAUUUUUAGUAUCCUUUUCCUCUAAGAUGUACAUGUUGCCUCUAAAAGGCAACUCCAUUGUGUAUUACAUCCUUUGUCAACCAAGUGAUCUGAAUCCUGGCAAUCAAGGAUGCUGUUCAAAAAACAAAACUAAGACAUAAAAAAAUCACUAGACAGGAAAAAAACACUUGGUCCAUUAUGGCUUGUGGGAUUCUCUCACCCUCCCUUAAUUACUGUCUGCCUCUGUACCAACUCUUCCUCUAUGGCCACAUCUGCUUGAGCGUAAACUCAUUUAUAAUGCUUGCUUCGAUGUCUGCUCUCAUUACCCAAUUCCAGAUUCACUGCUCUUUGAGUGAGACAGUUCUGCCACAGCCCCUUGUUUGCUCUUUUGAGACAGUUCCCCACCCACCCAAUUUCCAUCCCCUCGCCUAUGUUAAGAGUUUGUAUCUGGCUUCACAUUGUCAGACAUCUUCAUACAUUGUGAAGGCUUCUGUAUCAGUCCAGCAUCACCUCUUCCCCUGAAGAACAACCACUACAUCUCAUAGCAGAGGGCUAUUCAAUCUAGCAAAC